AUCACACUCGAUGCACCGGGGACCGGUUAUUUGGCUGUUUUCACGAAAAACACACACAGUAGUCUGCCGUCAGUCGUGCUCCCUCUACGUCGUCUGCAAAUGCUCCCGUCAUCACAUUCCUCUGACGGCCGAGUCUAAUUCAAUCAGUGUGUUAAUCUGGCUUCUGUCACUGCCCCUCUUGUUCUUGAAAAAUAAUUAUAACUGAAGGGAACUCUACUAGCCAACAGUGAUGCAUAGCUUCGGAGCAUUGUGAUUCAAAUUUUUUCAUCUUAGAUUUUGGGCCACCUCUUACAUAUACUCACUGAGAUUUCUGCCUAUACUCCCCACACUGCACAUGUUUCAAGUGCACUGUUAUCUUGUGUCGGUUUUGGCUUUGUCCGCGUCCACUGCCGUAAUAUUACGAGCUUUUACUUUUUAAGUGUGCGUCGAGUUGUUUGCCCUUUUUGCAUUUUCUUGUUUGCUUUAUAAUUACAGAAUUCUUGUUUUUUUAACACUUUAGGAGACUUGCUAGGCUGCAUCUGGUAGGAUGAGUAUGUCAGUGAGAAAUCGUAACAAGUUCACUCCAGAGAAGAACACAACCAUGUUGAUUAAAGAGAAGACAACUAGUAUUUCAAGAGCGUUCCUUGUUAUUAGAAUGCUCUUCUUCACCACCGUGAUUGCCCUGAGUGUGUUGAUUGCAACAGUUAUGGUCAACAAUAGUACAGGCUGGAUUUCUCCCCAUCACAGCACCAACUUUUUGGACAAACUUUCACUUAGUCUCGGUCUUCAGGAACAUGUAUAUACGGUCGUGAUUGACGCCGGAAGCACAGGCUCAAGAGUGUUGGCAUUUACGUUCCAUCGAUCGUUAUCAGAUCGAAGCGUAAAGCUUGACCAAGAAUUCUAUUCACAUAUCAAACCUGGAUUGUCUGCUUUCGCUGACGACCCCAAGAAAGGGGCCGACUCGAUCAAGCAACUUCUAGACAAAGCCAAACAAGUUGUCCCUUCACACCUUUGGCACCAAACUCCCCUAGUACUUAAAGCAACGGCUGGAUUGCGACUCUUGCCCACUGAAAAAGCCAACCUAAUUCUAGAAGAGGUUCGACUAGUGUUUGAAGAAUCUGGAUUCAUGGUGACGCCUCGUUCGGUGAGCAUCAUGGAUGGAAUCGACGAAGGAUUGUUUUCUUGGUUUACCAUCAACUUUCUUCUCGAUCGGCUGCAUCAUCCUGAACAAACGGUUGCAGCUUUGGACUUGGGUGGAGGCUCGACUCAAAUUACAUUCGUCCCAAAAGAGAAAAGUACAAUGGAAGCAGCUCCUCAGGGAUUUAUCCAUCAAGUAGCCACCCUCCAUCAGAAGAUUGACGUCUACUCAUUUAGUUACCUUGGACUGGGCUUGAUGGCGGCCCGGAAGCAGAUCCUGUCUGCUGGCCAAGACGAAUCAGAAGUGGAACUGCGUUCUCCUUGCAUUAAUCCCAUGGUCAAGAAAGGCUGGACUUAUAGUGGCGUCAAUUACGUCGUCAAGGGGACUCACGAUGUCGACGUCGAGAAAAUUCCCAUGUCCGAGUGGCAAAAGAAGGGUGGCAUGCCCAAAGCUGAUUUUAACGAGUGCCUCAAGCUCAGUCGUAGUCUACUAGACACUUCCGUUCACAAACCUGCCGAGCUCAACGAACGUGAAGUGUUGGCCAUUUCUUACUAUUACGACAGAGCCAGUGAUCAUGGAAUGAUUGACUCUGCAGACGGAGGAACUCUGACUAUCAAAGAAUUAUUCAAAAUGGCAGAGCAAAUCUGUGGCGUCCCGAACCCUGAUCAAGCCUUUGCUUGUUUGGACAUGACUUACAUUUCUGCUUUGCUCCAUCACGGUUUUGGACUGUCCACCGACACCAAACUGCAGCUGAGGAAGAAGAUUGACGGCUACGAGACCAGUUGGGCUCUGGGUGCAGCUUUCCACGUUCUCCAUAACGGAAUUUAAAAAGUGCCAGUGAGACAUAUCACUUUUCUUUUUUUGGAAAACAAAAACUUAAAAAAGUAAUAAUUUUAUGAAACCAAGAUUAUCUUUACUCUCGGUUGUUUCUUAUGGUGUUAAUUGAAUUUUCCUGUGCCUUCCUAUCUCUACAUGGUGAACUCUAUAUUAUUCUACUUUGGUUUCCCGCUUCACACAGCCUCCCUUUUUAUUUUAACAUUCCUCAACGGCGCUUGAUUGUUUCGAAACAAAGUGCAAUACUAUACACACACACACAUGAGUCGAACCUUUUCCCAUUUGCCACCAAUAAGUUGUAUUUUUUUUCCCCUGUUUUUGCUCCUCAUGUUUAUUAUUUCGCUGCGAUUAGUCAUGGAAAUCAAGUAGUGGCUUUUCUACCCUUCUUCCUUCUUUAUAUUCGAGUGGGUUUGUUUUUUCAACUGGUUUUUAAGAAUAUCCAUUGUAUAUAAUAGUUUGAAGAUCGUGGGGGAUUAAAUAAAUCAUAUACAUUAA